CGUCUGUUCUCCUCUCUAACUCUGCCUCUACUCCAAAACCCUAUCUUCGUAACAAAAUUUCCAAAUCGAAGUCUAAUUAACAUGAACUACAAGUAUGUAAAGCAUUGAUGACAUACAUGGCAUUGGAUCUGAACUUUGGGCGUUAUCAAGAACUUAAACUCACUGAUUGAAGAAAAAUCUAGGAUUUCACCAUGUAAAGGGCUUAAAGAUGGGUUUCCAUUUUAGGUUAUUUCUAAUUCCUCAACAACUCAAAGCAUCGCCUUCAAGGAAUUGGUAUUUUCUGAUGUUCUCUUGUGGGGAAUUUGGGGGAAAAUUUCUUGUGGGGUAUCAAUUGAUGGCCGGUGUAGUUGAACAAAGGAUUCUACAGCCCAUGCAACACCAACACAAGCUUUUACUUUGUGCUCUGCACUUUGUUGUUCGUACCGGCAGCACCUUUGCGGGAUCAUUAUUGUAAUGUUGGUGUCAGCUGUUUCUGGCAUUGGAGGAUGGUUUGCUAUCUACAUCUCUAAGGUUUUUAUAUCAUCUCAAGUCAGUGUUAUAUGAUUGUUAUUUAUCACAGGGAGUUGUGUCACUUGGCAUUGGAAUGGUGUGCUCAGGUUAUGGCUUGGGACUUCUCUCUUUCGUGAUGCGUUAUUGUCAUGGAUAGUUGGGUUAUGUCACUGUAGUCUUUUAGUUUUAACCCAUUAAUCUGUGAUGAAGUAGUGCCAUGAAUGAUAAGAACUUAAUUUUUAAAUUAGGUUGGUGUUGGUUGGUAUUGUUUCAACAUUUUGGAGGAAUAAAUGGCGUCUCGUUCCACAUAUUCGUGUUUGCAGGAUUUACUUUUGUCUGUCAUCCUAGCUGUUGUAACGACAUUUGUUGAUGGAACUGUAGUAAAGUGUAUCCUGGUGAAACAUAUAAGUGCGGGCAGAAAUGGAGCUGCUCCAGCAGUUAUGAGCCUAAAGAGGUUAUUCUGCAAGUUAUGGGGAAGCAACAAGAACACCAACAUCCUACCAACAACAAUUCAGUACCAUAAGGAGUUUGUGCAGGAACGAAAACUUCUUGAGUAUCUAUUGUUGCUUUAAUUUUGAGGAGCAAGCACUUUUUUUUUUUGAACAACUAAAAGCCUGUAAUUUGUGCAUAGCUUCUUCAAUGUAAUCUC